AUGGUCGUAAUCCCGGCCAACGGACACGAGAGGCGCCGUGUCCUAGUAGACCGCGUGCAUUCAAUCGUGUCAAACCGCGUUCAGAACGGCGACGAGCAGUACCUUGUGCGCUGGACAUCGGACACCUCGACAACGAAACCGCCGCUCAGCUGGCACUCGGUUAAGGACUUAGUGCGAUGCCUAGAGCAGAUCCAGGACUACCUCGAGGUGAGGGAGAAGAACCUACCGCUACCUUCAGACACAAAACCUUCGAGGAAAAGAAAGAGUCCUGAUGGGGGUUCAUCGUGCGAACGCCGCUCUUCACCAUUCGAUCGACGUUUACAAGAGAGUCGUACGCCGUCAGCCUCUCGAUCUUCAUCCGUGUCAUCUGCGGCAACAGUCACGUCUCAAGCCAGUGACAUCUACAACGGCGUUUUGGAUGCUGAUGAAUAUGGCCAUGUCUUCUGUAGACAAGCCGCAGGUCAUGACAUACCCGAACUUGACAUUCGUAGCGUGCCCACGCCGGAGAUGAACCGCAUUGCGCAUCGUUCGAGUGUAGACAAAGCACUUAUGUACAUCCGCAAUGAAUAUGUCCGGAGACUAGCAAAAGUACCAGGCAAACCCAUUCACUUGUUCAAUGUGGUCGACAAAGCCACUCCCUCACUGCGCUUCCGGUACAUCUCCGAAUAUGUCCUAGAUGAGCAACAAGGUGUCUACCGCGCGUCACUAGAAACACAGCAAGGCUGCUCACAGUGUUCACCCCACAUGGGUCGUGACAUCGGAUGCGAAUACACAAAGAAGUGUGACUGUCUGGAAUACGCUGCAGUGGAUGAGAGCCGCCUCGAUGAAGAAAGAAAGCGGGAAUACCAACUUGCGCUCGAGAAUGGAGAUUCAACAAUGGGCUUUCCGAAGAAAUUCCCUUACUUCGCCGAAGGCACGAAACGAGAGAAGACCGGCUGUCUCGUACCCUUUUACCUUAACUCCCGUCGUCCAAUCUACGAGUGCAAUGAUAAGUGCAACUGCGGCCUCAAUUGUCGCAACAAGAACGUCCAAUUCGGGCGUCAGGUUGAAGUGGAAAUCUUUAGAGCGAAUGACGGGCGUGGCUGGGGUCUCCGCUGCAAACAAGAUCUCCACGAAGGCCAAUUCAUCGACACUUACCGCGGCGAAGUCAUAACAGAUGCCGAAGCCACGCGCCGCGAAACCUCGUCGUCAAAAGCAAAAGCGUCCUAUCUGUACUCGCUCGACAAGUUCGCUGAGUCAGAAGGCCUCAAAGAAGAAGAUCUCUACGUUGUGGAUGGCGAGUUCAUGGGCGGACCGACGAAGUUCAUCAAUCACUCAUGUGACCCUAACUGUCGGCAAUACACUGUCUCGUACAACAAGCAUGAUCCGAGAGUUUAUGACAUCGCGUUCUUUGCACGAAGGUUUAUCCCCAAGGGCGAGGAAUUGACGUUUGAUUACCUUGAUAAGGAAGAGGGGGAGGAGAUGGAUGAGCCGGGUGAGGGGGCGCUUCCUUGUCUUUGCGGGGCGAAGAAUUGCCGCAAGUGGCUGUGGACGUGA